ACCGUUUUCUGCCCAUUUCAGGGCGGAAAGCUUUCGGUGAAUUACGAGGCGGGUCUGCGACUUGGUUUUCACAAUUCAAUUGGAGUUUUUUCACCGUGAGGCUAGACCUAACCCGUGUGGUGGUACCUGGUUGGUCUAUCAGACGGAAGCGCAUCGUCGGGGCCGAAGCCGUCGAGUUGCCCUCAGUGCUCGCUGCUUUAUUCGCACCGAGUGCGUGCGGCUUGCUUCACACAGAGCAAUGCGAUGAUAAACGCCGCAUAUGCGGUAGGCUACACACCUAUCUGGCAGGGAAAUAUCCAAGAAACAGCUUCACCCCGGUUCUUUUAACGCUGCGGCCAUACCCACUUCUCAGAGCGGAACCUAAAGUGCCAGUAAUACCAUGUCCAGGUCAGCGGGGGGCAGCAUAAAUGAUGUCACUCGCUUCCUAUCAACAGGUGGGGGGGGGCCAGGAUCCCCCAGCUCAAGUUCCCCCACGUUUUCCGCCGCCAGCCAAGCCGACUGGGCUGCAAAGAGGCUGGUGUGGGUGCCGUCAGAGAAGCAUGGCUUCGAGUCGGCCAGCAUUCGGGAAGAGCGUGGCGAUGAGGUGGAGGUGGAGCUCACAGACAGCCAGCGGAAGUUGACUCUGUCCAGAGAGGAGGUGCAGCGGAUGAACCCUCCACGCUUCAGCAAAGUGGAGGACAUGGCCGACCUAACCUGCCUGAACGAAGCGUCGGUGCUGCACAACCUCAGAGAACGAUACUACUCCGGCCUGAUCUAUACCUAUUCAGGGCUGUUCUGUGUGGUGGUGAACCCCUACAAGAACCUGCCCAUCUACACAGAGUCCAUUGUGGAGAUGUACCGGGGGAAAAAACGCCACGAGAUGCCCCCGCACAUUUACGCCAUAUCAGAGGCGGCGUAUCGCAGCAUGCUGCAAG